UAGCACAAUAAAUAAUAGUAACUAAGUGCACUUAAAUUUAUGUAGCCGGUCGUGCAAUAUGUACUUAAAAUUAGGUUAACUACGUCAAUUUUAAUAUCGACCCAACUGUUACUAAGGAAUAGGCCAAAGAAAGUUAAAUCGAUAAACUCAGUUCGUGUUGGACUGUCUUGGAGAAGUCAAAGUAAAAAUGUCGAAAUUAGAUGAUUUGUUUGAUAAAAAGAAAGAUGAAGCGCCCAUGUUGGAUUUAUCUAAAACAACCAUCAACACAGCAGAGGAGUACAGAGCUGUUCUUGAUAAAGUCCCGGAGUUCAAGACAAGGCCCGAAAAGGUGAGAGCAGAAGAUAUUAAAAUAAAAGACAGACCGGAAGAUCAGAAAACCAAAACCCCAAAGAAAGAAAUAAGGGCAUAUGAAAAACUUGGAACCCGUGGUUACGAAGAUAAACACUUUACAUUUAUGGACCCAGUACCGGUGGAAAUGCGGGAAUUGAAAUUUGAAGAAUUGUGUUCCGUACCGAUCGAGUGGCGAAUGCUCACAUCAAUACGUCCAAAAUCCAAAUUAGACGAAGAAUACUUUAAUAGGCUGAUCGAAUUACGGAAAUCGGAAUUAAGAACCAAGGCUCGAGACAAGAGGGAGUACGCAAAAAACAAUAUGGUGAAAAAAACGAAAAAUCGAUCAGGCGUCACGGAAACGAGAAUAUUGUCUUGUGCAGAGUGCGGUGAAGAGUAUUGUAAUGGUAUGAUGUGUGCUAUCACAAACUACGACAUGUUUGCGCGUCUAAAGCUGGAGAUAGAGACAAAAGUGACGCGACACGCGGCGCCCGCGCACGCCGGGGGAAAGCUUCGCAAAAUGCGGAGAAAGAUACGCAGGAAACCACGCAGCAAAAGUGCAGCGCCUCCUGUAAUGCGCAAAACUACGAGGAAAUCCGGGGCUAAAAGCGACUCUGAACUCUAAAUCACUAUGUUAAAGCGCAUUUUCAAUAAAGUUAGAAAAAACAGUAAAAAAUAAGCCUCAUGCUUUAAGUGUUGAUACAGACUGAACUAAACAUAUCGUUAACUCAUGAACCUGGCCAGUUAGAUUUAUUAAACUAGAUAAUUAUUAUACCAAUAUUAAGAUUAAAUUGUAAUAAAUAGCACUUAAGAUAGA